GGGCAGCUCACUUCCGCCCGGCAGGUGACAGCCGCGGGGCUCGGAGCGGCUGGCGGCACGGACGCACCGGGAGAGUGGGAGGACAAGGCCGCGGACGUUUUACUGCAGAGUGGAGCCGCGCCGUGGCGCCGGGAGCCGUUUGGACCUGCGGUGCUGCAGGGUAUAAAACCCUGUAUAGGUGCUUCUGUGGAAGCAAAAUUGCUGGGUCAGAGGAUAUGCACAUUCAAAAAUUUGAUAGAUGCUUCAGAAUUACCUUCCAAAAUCCAAUCAGCCAUUAUCUGACAGUUCCUGUGCCCAGUAAAGAGAGACUGGCUACAAAUAAGGGACCAAAAUGACGGACUCAAAAUAUUUCACCACGACCAAGAAAGGGGAGAUCUUUGAGCUGAAGGCAGAGCUGAACAGUGACAAGAAGGAAAAGAAGAAGGAGGCGGUGAAGAAAGUGAUUGCAUCAAUGACCGUGGGCAAAGACGUCAGUGCCCUCUUCCCCGAUGUGGUGAACUGUAUGCAGACGGACAACCUGGAGCUGAAGAAGCUGGUGUACCUGUACUUGAUGAACUACGCCAAGAGUCAGCCCGACAUGGCCAUUAUGGCCGUCAACACCUUUGUGAAGGACUGUGAGGACCCCAACCCUCUGAUCCGGGCUCUGGCUGUGCGGACCAUGGGGUGCAUCCGUGUCGACAAGAUCACAGAGUAUCUGUGUGAGCCACUCCGGAAGUGCCUAAAGGAUGAGGAUCCAUAUGUGCGUAAGACAGCAGCUGUGUGCGUGGCCAAGCUUCACGACAUCAACGCCCAGCUGGUAGAGGACCAGGGCUUCCUAGACACUCUUAAAGACCUCAUCUCUGAUUCUAACCCCAUGGUGGUGGCAAACGCAGUGGCGGCCCUCUCCGAGAUCGCUGAGUCUCACCCCAGCAGCAACCUGCUCGACCUGAACCCGCAGUCCAUUAACAAGCUGCUGACAGCCCUGAAUGAGUGCACUGAGUGGGGCCAGAUCUUCAUUCUGGACUGCCUGGCCAACUACACUCCCAAGGAUGACCGAGAGGCCCAGAGCAUCUGUGAGCGGGUCACACCCAGGCUUUCCCACGCCAACUCUGCUGUGGUGCUGUCUGCUGUGAAGGUGCUGAUGAAGUUCAUGGAGAUGCUGUCCAAGGACCUGGACUACUAUGGCACGCUACUCAAGAAGCUGGCCCCGCCCCUGGUCACACUGUUGUCAGCGGAGCCUGAGCUGCAGUACGUGGCCCUGCGAAACAUCAACCUCAUUGUGCAGAAAAGGCCUGAGAUCCUAAAGCACGAGAUGAAGGUGUUCUUCGUGAAAUACAACGACCCCAUCUACGUGAAGCUAGAAAAGCUGGACAUCAUGAUCCGUCUGGCCUCGCAGGCCAACAUCGCCCAGGUGUUGGCAGAGCUGAAAGAGUAUGCGACAGAGGUGGAUGUGGACUUUGUACGGAAAGCUGUGCGAGCCAUUGGCCGUUGCGCCAUCAAGGUGGAGCAAUCUGCCGAGCGCUGUGUGAGCACACUGCUCGAUCUCAUCCAGACCAAGGUCAACUAUGUGGUCCAGGAAGCCAUCGUGGUCAUCAAGGACAUCUUCCGCAAGUACCCCAACAAGUACGAGAGUGUGAUCGCCACACUGUGCGAGAACUUGGACUCUCUUGACGAGCCCGAGGCCCGGGCGGCCAUGAUCUGGAUUGUGGGCGAGUACGCCGAGCGGAUAGACAACGCGGACGAGCUGCUGGAAAGCUUCUUGGAAGGCUUCCACGAUGAGAGCACCCAGGUUCAGCUGCAGCUGCUGACAGCCAUUGUGAAACUCUUUCUAAAGAAGCCGACAGAGACCCAGGAGCUAGUGCAGCAGGUCCUCAGCUUGGCCACUCAGGACUCGGACAACCCGGACCUGCGGGACCGAGGCUACAUCUACUGGCGCCUCCUCUCCACGGAUCCUGUAGCUGCCAAGGAGGUGGUGCUGGCUGAGAAGCCACUCAUCUCAGAAGAGACAGACCUCAUUGAGCCUACGCUGCUGGACGAGCUUAUCUGCUACAUCGGCACACUGGCCUCUGUCUACCACAAGCCACCCAGCGCCUUUGUGGAGGGGGGCCGGGGCGUUGUGCACAAGAGCCUGCCACCCCGCACCGCCUCGAGCGAGAGCACGGAGAGUCCUGAGACGGCCCCUGCUGGGGCGCCCCCUGGAGAGCAGCUGGAUGUCAUCCCCACCCAGGGUGACUUGCUGGGCGACCUCCUCAACCUGGACCUCGGCCCUCCGGUGAGUGGCCCACCACUGGCCACCUCCUCAGUGCAAAUGGGAGCUGUGGACCUUCUUGGCGGCGGCCUCGACAGCCUGAUGGGGGAUGAGCCUGAAGGGAUUGGGGCCCCCAACUUUGUGGCACCCCCAGCAGCAGCAGUACCAGCCAACCUAGGAGCACCCAUGGGCAGUGGCCUGAGUGACCUCUUUGACCUGACCAGUAGUGUGGGCACCCUGUCAGGAUCAUAUGUGGCUCCCAAAGCAGUCUGGCUCCCAGCCAUGAAGGCCAAAGGGUUAGAGAUCUCUGGCACCUUCACCCGCCAGGUAGGCUCCAUCACCAUGGACCUGCAGCUGACCAACAAGGCCCUGCAGGUCAUGACCGACUUCGCCAUCCAGUUCAACCGCAACAGCUUUGGCCUGGCCCCUGCCGCCCCCCUCCAGGUCCACGCACCACUCAGCCCCAACCAGACUGUGGAAAUCAGCCUACCUCUCAACACGGUGGGCUCAGUCAUGAAGAUGGAGCCUCUGAACAACCUCCAGGUGGCCGUAAAGAACAACAUCGACGUCUUCUACUUUAGCACCUUGUACCCGCUGCACAUCCUCUUUGUGGAGGAUGGGAAGAUGGACCGGCAGAUGUUCCUGGCCACGUGGAAGGAUAUUCCCAAUGAGAACGAAGCCCAGUUCCAGAUCCGAGACUGCCCCCUCAAUGCAGAGGCCGUGAGCAGCAGGCUGCAGAGCAGCAACAUCUUCACAGUUGCCAAGAGGAACGUGGAGGGCCAGGACAUGCUUUACCAGUCCCUCAAGCUGACCAAUGGCAUCUGGGUGCUGGCGGAGCUGCGCAUCCAGCCCGGCAACCCUAACUUCACGGACUUGGAGCUAUCGCUGAAGUGUCGAGCACCUGAGGUGUCACAGCACGUCUACCAGGCCUACGAGACCAUCCUCAAGAACUGAGGCCCCAUCCAGCAUCUGCCCCAGCCUUCACCAGCCCCGCAAGGAGCCCCUGGUGGGGUGGCAGCACCUCCUCCUCCCAGGAGGGGCCGGUGAGGUUCCUGACCUCCCACAAGGUUCCCUGGACCUGACUGCAGUGUCCCUGAGCCUGAAUCCUCAGGGUGGGGCGGCACCCCUCUGGGAGUGAAACCUCGGUGUACUCUCGUGCUCGAGAUGCCCCUCUUUCCAUUGCUGCUGACGUUUAGGGUCAGGUGAGGCCGUGGCCAAAGGAGCCGGCUCAGCUGCAGGAGCUGAACAGGGAGACCCAGGGUUCUUCUCUUGCUUUUCCUCCUCAGGCUCCCAGCCCCGGACUCCCCCGCCCCUCAGCCCCUCUAGGUUGGUGUUAGAGGCCCUCCUCUGUCCCUCUCCUGCCAUGGGCUCUGGCAGGCAGGUGGUCCUGGUGUGCGCAGAGGGUCCCCUGUAUACCAGGAGGGCUGCUCUGUUGGGGGCCUGCACCCCUGUGCUCCCAAGUGCCGACCGCACAGGGAGGACCCCAGCGGAAGCUCCCAGGGCCCCUCCCGAGCUCCUGCUGCCCUCUUGCCCGUGAGAAUGGUCACUGCCUAUGAUACAUUCCUACGUGUGCCCUGGGUUCCUGGAGCAGAGGCAGGGCUGAGGGAUGGGGCAUGCAGGUGAGCAGGAUGCUUCAUGUCUGGGGUUUUUUCUUAGCAUCUGCCACCCUCCUCCUGGCCUCCCAAGUUUCAGUUGUGUCUGACAGAGCAUUAGGUUUUCCUGUUACCGCUGUUUAAUAAUAAAGAUUCUGCUUUUGGCAA